AUGUCACCAUUUCAAAGUAUUCUCUUAUUUUCGUCAAUUUUUCUUGAUUUUUCCACCUCGAAAAGCUUGAAAAGACCCAAAAGGCAACAAGACAAUUGUAAAGACACUGUUGCCCUCCAAGACUGUGUGGUUGGUAAAAAUGAUGACGAUGAAACUAUUCAUUUAUUACGAAUAAAAAGCAACCAAAUAGUGGCCCAUUUUCAGACUGAAUGUGACUUCGACGAGAUCAAAUAUCACUGGCUUUUAAGGGACGAAGACUUGAAAAAUCAUGUUGACACUGAAACCAACACCAAUACCUACAUUCUUGAGCCUUUUGCCCUUAAAAGUGGCCUUUAUGCAGUCCAAAUCACUGUGAAAUUGCUCCGAAAGGAAUCCAAAAACGAAUUACACGCUGCGUGUUUGGUGAGUAUUGACGCACUUGACCCUUUGCCCAUCAUCAGUGGGGGCACCGAACGAACAAUUGAAGCCGGUCAUAGUUUCAUAAUGGAUGCUUCUGAAUCCAUAGACAGAGAUGUCCCUUUAAGGGCCCCCCCAAAGUUGUCUUUCAAAUGGCAAUGUCAGGUUUUGAUCGGCCAAGAGAAAAGUUUCUGUCAAAAAGAGUACCAUGGAAGCACCCUUGUGGUACCACCGAGCACCAACCAAAAGUACCUUUUCACCCUCAGUGUCAAAACUGAUUCUAGUACUUGGGUCAGUACCAACCAAACUGUGACAAUUUUGCUCAAAGCCUCCGAAUUGGAGAUAAUUUGUGAGAAGAAUUGCCCUCCAGCAGCCCCUCUCACCGUCCCCCAAAGACUGACUUUCCUGCGAGUGAUCUGUCGCAGGAAUUGUGAAGGGGUGGAAGAAAGUGCCUACACGUGGACUGUUGACAAUUUUGACUAUCAAAACACACAAUUCGGACGAAAUUCCGACAAAUUCAUCGUCAAAGAAGAUGUUUUUAAGCCGGGACAAGUCAAAAUUCGAGUUGACCUAAAAAGUGGUGGUACCGCUAGUGAAACUUUAACAAUUCAAGAACCAAUCAAAAUCGAAUCGUGUCAAGCUAAACCAACUCAGGGAGUUGCAAUCGAGACAAAGUUUAAAGUUGAGUGUAAAUACACCGGUGAAGGGUACAACUUUGAAGUUUUAACGCGGAAAAAUGGUCAAGUUGUGGUACUCAACAGGAAUUACAAGUUAGAAGGCUUGGAGUUUGUCCUUCCGGUUGGUACCAACGUCUAUGUCAAGAUUAUCGACGCUGAGGAGUUUUCCGAUGAGUUUGAACUCAAAGUUCAGGUCAACACUGGUGACACUUCCGACACCGAAAUCACCCAUUUGACCACCUCAACCAUCCCCAAUUUGAUCAAAACCGGUGAUACAGACCUCGCCGUCCAAAUAACCAAUGCCUUGAUUGAAACCCUUGACACCAAAGGCCCUUCAACCACCACCAAAAGCACCAAAAUGGCCCUUUUGCGAAAUUUCCAAAACAUUCGAAUUAAAUCACAAGCAAAAGCGCGACAAAUCGCCCAAUUGGUUGCUCGUCUUGUUCAUAAAUCGGAAUCUGAUCCUGAUCGAGGUCAAGUCGCC